GGAACAGUCGAUGGUGCACUAGAUGAGCCAGAUGGAACAGUCGAUGGUGCACUAGAUGAGCCAGAUGGUACAGUCGAUGGUGCACUGGAUGAGCCAGAUGGAACAGUCGAUGGAACAGUUGAUGGUGCACUGGAUGAGCCAGAUGGAACAGUCGAUGGUGCACUGGAUGAACCAGAUGGAACAGUCGAUGGUGCACUGGAUGAGCCAGAUGGUACAGUCGAUGGAACAGUCGAUGGUGCACUGGAUGAGCCAGAUGGAACAGUCGAGGAAGACACAGUGGUGGAGCUUCCACAACUGUUGCCACUCCAGCAUAGCUCAGGCAAAUCGAAUUCACCACCAUUACCACAACCAAAG